UGGAUUGCCCUGGGCUGAGCUUCCCCCAUGGCCCCUGCAGAGCUUCCAGCCUCCCUUCCUCUGUGUGUGUGUCUGCUGUUGGCCUCUGGCUUUGCCCAGGCAGGCAGGCUCUUGGUCAUGCCCAUGGACGGGAGCCACUGGUUCACCAUGCAGACGAUUGUGGAGAAACUCAGCCACAGAGGGCACGAGGUGGUGGUAGUCAAACCAGAGGUGAGCUGGCAACUGGGAAAAUCACUGAAUUUUACAGUGAAAACUUACUCUGUUUCUUACACUCUGGAAGAUUUGAACCACCACUUCAAUUUUUUUGCUCAAACUCAAUGGAAAACUCAAGAAGUAGGAAUGUUUUCUCUACUAAAGAAUUCAGGCAAAGGUUUCUUUGACUUAUUAUUUUCACACUGUAGGAGUUUGUUUAACGACAAGGAGUUAGUGGAGUACUUGAAGCAGAGUGCUUUUGAUGCUGUGUUUCUGGAUCCUUUCGAUGUGUGUGGCUUAACUGUUGCCAAGUACUUUUCACUCCCAUCUGUGGUCUUCAGCGGGGGAAUAUUUUGCCACUACCUUGAAGAUGGUGCCCAGUGCCCCAGUCCCCCUUCUUAUGUUCCAAGAUUUUUCUUAAAAUUCACAGACACCAUGACUUUCAAGGAGAGAGUGUGGAACUAUCUCUCCCACAUGAAGGAGCGUGCAUUUUGCCCCUAUUUCUUCAAAACUGCUACAGACAUUGCCUCUGAAGUUCUCCAGACCCCAGUGACUAUGAGAGACCUCUUUAGCUCAGUGUCCAUUUGGUUGUUUCGCACUGACUUUGUGCUGGACUUUCCCAGACCUGUGAUGCCCAACAUGGUCUAUGUUGGCGGAAUCAAUUGCCAGCAGAGGAAGCCACUUUCUAAGGUGAACUUUAAAACUUCCUAG